AUGCGGAAAUUGAAGCAGCUGGCGGCUCCUCGGAUGAACGUUCAGAAAGCAAGGAAGGAAGCUUCGGAGAAGAUCUCUCGCCUUGACGUGAUAUUUCCGCUUUCCGGCUUGCCGCUUCUCCCAGGAGAAACCAAAGCAGUUCCCUCGUUCCUUUUAAAAGUCGUUUCCUUCCUUGUCAAUGGAAAGUCUCAAUGAGGAGGUUGAAGACAAAAAACUCGGAACAAAGAGGAAUUUCGAUAUAAUGAGAAUAUUGAACUGUUUUUCAUUUAAAAUGUUGAUAUUUAUCAUGCAGUUUUCUUUUUUCUGAAGUUCAAGAAUAAUCAAACAUAUAAUAAUUUGAAUUAAAAAGUAGGAUGUUUUUAUAAAAAAAUAAUUAAGCAGGGAAAGAUGUUUCACCACUGGAUUUUUCUAGCCUAUUUUUCUUUCUCUUACAACAAAUGAUUAAAAUUUCCUUUCUUCAAGAAUUCUUUAGUUACUGGGAAACUUAUUUUUUUAAUUUCUCAACAUUUUUCUUCUAUUCUAAUAUCAAGAUCAUCCGUUCAAUCUGAGAUUUGCAUUCCACUGCAAUUCAUUUCCUCCUCUCUACUUCAGGAGAAUUUAAAGAAGUCUCAAAUUAUUUUUUUCUUUGAAAUUAAUAGAAACUAUCUUUAUUCGCCGGUCGAUUGAUUCUGUCCUUCGAUUCCAAUAUUUACCAUUGAUUUAUGCUGAUUUUUUGCAGGCUCCAGUUCGUCUUCCGGCUGUUCGUCCACAUCGGCUGAAAUUUACGAACUGGCUGCGCACGCCGCACUCAUACAACGCCAACAGCAACUCUUGCAGCAAGGUCAGUGAAACUUUUGGACAGGUAUUCACGGAGAUCGGCUUUUUUUUGGAAAUGUAAUGAAAAAUUCAUAGAAAAUUACGUAAAUUCUUUUUUCUUCUCUUUUUUUAGCCAAUUGGAUCUUGGAAAAAAAAUGGAGCAUUUUGAUAAUAUUUUCGCCCCAGAGAAUUUUUCGAAGUUAUUGAAUCUUCUCGAAUUUUAAGAUCGCACAUUGUUCUGAAUUUCUCUUUUUUGUUGAACUACGAGGUGAAAAAAGAAGACGCUACCAGACAGAAAUUCUAUCGUUGAUAUCUGAAUUCCGUACCAAAUUCGUUUUUAAAGUGACUGGCUGAUUUCAGGCGUUACGGGACUCCCCAUACUGCCGGCUCCGGUUGACUUUGCGCACCAAGUUGCGCAGCAACAGCAGUUCCAGCAGUUGCAUCACCAGCUCCAGGGCAUCGUCCAUCACCAACAUCAUCACCAGCCUCAGCUCCGACCCGUCCAGCAGCAUCCCUUCGUCGGUGAGUCUUUUUUAUUUUCUUUUUCUCAAGAAGUAUCGAGACUUUUAUAUUCUUAAACAAUUGAACUGAAAAUUCUAUGAGACAUUAAUUUUUUUGGUAACUACCAUGACGAGAAUCGAACUUUAUGCCUUGUUCAAAAUGUUUCUUUGAAAUCCAAAAUAGUCGUCAAAGAAAGAAAAAAACACAGUUUUGAAUUUAGCGGGAUUUUUUGAACAUGGCAUUAAAAGAUAUCUUCAAAUACUACAAAAAUAUGAGCGAAAAAAUCAAUAAAAAUGACAACUGCAGCUUUGAAAGUAAUAAAUGAGAAUGAACUAAAAAUAACCUCUUUAUUUGAUCCUUAUCGACGCGUCUUUUUUGCCCGCCAAAAUUAGUUUUCAAAAAAAAGAUCAACCCGAUAUUUACUCCCCUAAUAGUUCAAACCGGUUCCUAACUACAUCUCAAACCAAACAACAAAAUUCAUAUAUUUAUUUGCUUUUGCAUUUGGAAAAGACCAAAGUUCUCAAAAGGAGCCAGGAUAAAUUAAUGCGACGCUCUCCAUCUUUGGUACUUUCUGUUGUUUGAAACGCGCCCCAUGGAUCAGUUUUUUGGUGUAUACUUUGCCGAUUUUUGCACGCUUAUUCUCGUUUGUUGUCUGGCCUGAAGAAAUGGCCAAAAUGUUUGUGUUUCCCUGGCAAAGGUUCGACAACAAGACCUUUUUCGCCAUCAGUUUGUGUUGAAAAAUUUUAUCCUGGUAGUUACAUAUGCCUCCUUUCAUUUCACGUUGCGGAAGGAGCGUUGGAGAACUAAUUCGAUGUUUAAAGUUCAAUUUCCUUUUCAGUACUUUUUUCAACUAAGUUCCUAAUCUUUCCAACUUUUUUUUUCGUUUUCAACCGUUAUUGAGUAUUUUUCGAUCACGUAAUUUCUUUCGCUUUACUUCGCCGUUAUUCUUUUAUCACGAAAAAUGUUCCCUCAAAAAAAUCUCGUAAUAUUUAGCUCCAAAUCGAAUAUAAUCGUCAUUUUAAAAAAAUGAUUUUUCCAAAUUUAAAAAAAGAAAUACAUCGAAACAUUAUCGGAACACGACAUUUCCGUCAUUCUGAAUUGUAGUUAUCAGCUGUUUCCAAUUUCGCGUCACAUUGACGCCUUCUACAACCUUUUUCACCUUUUUGGAUUGUUUUUUAUUCGACUGACACGCAAUUUUUGACGUUCCUCUCAAUCCGUGUUUACGUCACGUCUUAGCUUAUAGAAACGAAAUAAAUUAAGUGGAAUUCCUCGUUUCUGCGAGCGGAUUGACGUUGGCUUAGCUCAUUUCCUUCCAAAAAACACAUUGCGUCGAAUGAAUUACGUCCGGAACAUUUUUUGAUGUCUUGUUUUUGAUUUUUGAGAGAUAAGUUUUAAGGUAUUCUUCCAAAAGUUUUUGCCAUGGAAUUUUCGAAUUUUUUUCUUUUCUGGUUUUUCACUCUCCAUUUCAGAAACCAUGCUGUGAAUGUUUUUUCCGGAACCAGCUCAAAAAUUUGAAUUUGUAGCUGAGAAAGCUGGUAUAUAAUGUUUGGUUUUUGAAGUGAAAAUCUUUUUUUAAUAUAAUCUUGAGAAUGAAAUUUUUCAAAAAGCCUUUUUGUUACAGAAAAAGAAAAAAACUUUAGAAAAAAAAUGCAAAGAAAAUUGAUACUAAUCCGAAAUCAAAGGCUUUGAAUCGAUUUUUGUUGCUAUUUCAAAACAAAAAAACAUUUACUUAACUUUGAUGUUUUUUUCCGUGUGACUUUUUUGAUCCAGAUUGAACUCCAGUAUCUGAAACCAAGAUGAAUUUUAUUUCCUGCUGACUAAUCAAAGAGAUCAGAGUUCUCGUGCACCUCAGACAUUCUCGAGGACAUGCCAAAAGCUGAAAAUGGCAUAUCCGGAGGGAAAUUAGGAGAAAACCGAGCGACGCAAGUUCGCGUGACCUUUUUUGGUGCACCAGUUCCUUCGUUCCUCGGGUCUUCGCUCUUUUUUGAGUGGAAACAGAAAGAGAGCAUCUUUGAAACGAUGAUAUAUUCAUCAGCAAAAAAGCAAGAGAAAAGAUGAUACAACCAUUUUUGGAAAUGACGAAAAGCGUCAAUGCGAAAGUUGUGAUGAGAAUCUCCAGGGACGGUGAAUCUGGAUAGGAUUAAAGCGAAAAAAUAAAGAAAAGUUCCUGCUCUUCUCUCUUUUUCUUCCCAGUGAGAUGAAGCGUUCCCGGAGUUCCUCUCCUCCCAGCUUCCGCCUCUUUUUUUCUCUUUCACUGAGUGUUCUUUAGAGAUUGUGCCUUUUUUUUCGAAGCUUCCUCGUAGUUUUACAAAGUUCCGUAUUGCGAGAUUUGUAGGUUUAGGUUUCAGCUUAACAUAUCAAUAAAUUUAGUACUUAUCAUUUUGAUUUUUUAACGUAAAGUUGAAAAAGAAAUCUUUGGAAAAAAGAAAAAAAUAAAGGCAAGAAAAAAGAAAAAAAUAAAGGCAAAAGUUCAUGCUAAAAAAAACCGUUCUUAUUAAGACUUGCAGAGAAAAAUUUGUUCGAGCUCUUUAAUAUCUUUUCGCUUUAGAUUCUGUAGUACGCCGCCAUUUUAUGCAGUUUUCCUUGUCUUUUUUUGCCUUGAAAGGUUUUUUUUUUCAAAAUCAUACGUUUAGAUAUUAUUCAAAAAUAAUUUUUACUAAUCUUCAUUUUAAAAAAAUGUUGCUUCGAAAUGCAUAGCCUGCUCUAAAUAUUAUUAAAGCGUUCAAUCGUGGAGACGUUUUCCAUAAUAUGAAUUUUAUUUAAGAAAAGCUCUUAGCCAUCUUCGUAAAAUUCGAAAGCUCUAUUUUUUUCUCGCUGAGAAUUUUGGAUCUUCGUAUACAAAAUUUCGCGUGAGAAAAUUUCAACAAUUUUCGAAAAAUUUUGAACUUUUGCUGAACAGUGAUUGAACUCGAGGAAGUAGUUCAAAAGUAGUGAUCUCUACUCGUCGGCAAAGGACAAGGUUCGUUUGUCCUGAAAGGACGUGACGGCGGAGAGUGGGAGGAGCCGUUCGGCCUUCCUUCUCUUGGUGUCGUCUGUUGGAGCGUGUGUGCCAUUUGUCUCUCUUCCCUUUUUCGAGCCACGCCUUCUCCUUUCCAACCCCCUCAUUCUCGUCUCCGGAUUUUCCAUUUGAAUUCGGUUGCUGGUUUUACUUCUCAUUUUACUCGGGUUCCUUUCUGAUCUCAUCCGCUGCUCUCUCUUCUACGGUUCAAUCUUUAUUCCUAGUCCUCCAGGGACUUUGACGGUUGCGACGGACGACUUCCAGUACAACGCACAAGUGUAUCUAGCCAUGCGUGACUUGUUUUAUGGUACGGAUUUCCUUGAAGAAUAUUUUGUAAGAUUUGUGUUCUUGCGCGCGUGGGCUUCUUGUCGAAAUGUUUUAACGGGCUUUCUUUUUUGAGCUGCUUGUAAUCAUUAAUUUUUUUAUAUUAAUAUCAAAAAAACUUUUUUUGCUCUUUUAACGUUUACAGUUGUUUUUUUAACUUCUUAAACUCGCUCUUUUAUGAACGUAUUGAAAUUGAAUCGGAAAUUAAAACAAAAAAACAAGUUGGAGAAGAUUUGACUGGACUAGAAUCUGUUUUUUUCCAGAAUUGGUGUUUUUUUCAAUGUUUCCUUCAUUUUUUUGCACUUUUUUUCGAGGUCGAAAUGACGGAGUAUAAAAUUGUUUAAUUUUUAAUAAAUUGCGAGGUGCUAAAAAAAGUUUUUUUGAACCGCAGAAGAUUCCUUCAAGAUAGAAUAAUCAUAUUUUUUUAAAGAAAAAAAAAUUUUUUAUAUUAAAGAUUGUUAAUUUUUACAGCCCAUACUCAGCUUUUUUUCAAAACUAUUUGACAGAUUUUUCAAACUAAAAAAAGUUUUUGGAAAAAAAGGAAAUCUCAUAAUGAUCGAGUUCCUCAAAAAGAACGAAUCAGAAAAAAAUAAAAAAAUAUAAAAAAAUUCAAUGAUAAUGAAUUAAUUUUUUCUUGAUAACUGAUCGAUUCUGAAUCAGAAUAAUUUGCAGGUGACAUGGCUCUUGUAACGCAUCAAGCGCCCGUGGGCUCGGCGACCUGCUACGAAAAGAUGCAGAAGCCAGCUCCACAGCAGAUUCCUCAGCAGAUGCCGCAGGUACUUUUUUUUUUCCUUUUUUCUCUUUUGAAAAGUUCCAUUUGUAUGCGAUAAGAAGGUGCCGGCUCAGGCUUUCAUUGGUUAGUAUAGUAAAGUUUGCCCAAGUUUGCGUGUAAUUUGAACCUUUGCGGUCCUUCUCGGCGAGCACUUCCGUUGUACGAGAUGUGUUAUUUCCAAUUGUUCGGAGGGAUUUUCUUAGAGUUUCGAUUUGUAUUUUAUUAGUUUAUGCUUUGAAUAAGGCUAUUUCUGUGCUUUUUCAACGGCCGAUCUCACAAAUUGUUUAGUAUUAGAAUUAAAAAACAGUUGGAAAUAUUUUCGGAUUUUGAAAAUUUUUUAUGAACUCAUUGAUAAUUCUGUGCUUUUUUUCUGUGCCUCACAUACAAUGCUUUUGGUUUUUGUCCGGCUGUUUUUUUCUCUAAAACAUGCCUUUUCUAAGAUUUCUCCCUUUCAAACUCUGCAGAUAUUCAAUUUUUUUUCUCCAGCUGAAUGAGUUAAUUAGGUUCAGAAGUGUAGUGAAAAUUGACCCUGACAUGUUGACGGCCGCUUUUUUCCCUUGUUUUUUGUGUACGAAUUCCUUUUUUGCAUACAUCUGUGUUAUUUUUCCCGCCGUUCCACUAACAUGUGAGCUUUUUUUUUCGUGAAAUCAGCAGAUAUUUGAAGAAAAUGACUUUCAUGGAAGUCGUCGAGUCAACAGUUAUUCACGUGACAUUAAGCUCCGGGGCUUUUUGGGGAAAUUGAGGAUUAGAGGAAAUUUUCAACAGAUUUUUUGGAUUCUUAAAGAUUUCGGGGUAUAAUCUUGAAGUUGAAAAGAACCGAAAAAUGAGAAGUAGAGAUUUUUCGAAAAAGGAAGUAGAAUUGAAUAAAAAGUUGAAUCCUUUUGGAUGGCUUACAUUUAAUCCCUAUGCACUUUCUUCUCCCUUUCCCAAGUGAAUGUCUGAUCCAGUUGCUCUAUAGAAGAGCGCGGAAGGGACGCCUUAAGGGAUCGGUCUCGAGUCCAGCGGCUGCUGCCGUGGGUGUGUGUGCCGGCACAAGUACAAAUCCACUCUCUCCCCCUUUCUUUCGCCUUUUGUGCUGGUCGGAGAGUUCCUCAGUUCACGCGCCCUUCGGCCUGGUACGGCCGUCUGUGGAGGCCACCGCGAACUGUUUCUCAACCAAAUCAAACAAUUUUCGGCUUUUUCAAUGGGGAUUUUGAUUGGAAAUUCAGUAUUUUCUCGCUUCAUAUGGAGUCAUUCAAUCAAUUUUGAAAGAAGAAUACGUUUUUUGAAGCAACGUUUAUUUUCAAUCGUUUUAUUAGCGGGAUUUGACUUUCUGAGCGAAUUUAGGAAACCAGGCGAAAAUUUUUGACGAAAAUUUCAUUUUAUUUUGGAGUAAUUUCGUCCAACAACAAAAAAAAGCAUCAUCAUUAUAGAGGCCACUUUAGAUUUAAAUUAAAACAGUUUCCUACAAUCUGACGCAAUCCAAUCUCAAAGUUACAAUCGAUUUUUUAUAUUUAUUUUUUUUGAUAAGCCGAAAUUUUAAUCUCUUUUGUAUAAUCUGAGACAGUGGAAGUUGAGAAAAUGAAGCAAAAUAACCAGUCUUGUCUAGAACUAUAAAACGCUUUUUCACAGAAAUUUUCAGAUUUACAAAAGUUUUGAAACCGUAAGAUGCGUAUAGUAUAGUCCAGAAUUUGAAUAAAACCUUCUAUUCCUGAGGUUCACUUUUAAUUUUAACUUUUUUUAUUUGAUAUUUUUUUAUUCUAGCUAUUUUUAGCUCAGAUUAGCCUAGUCUAGCCGAAAGCCUUUCGCUAAAACACUUUCAAGAAAAAAAAAUCUAAGAAAAAACUGAAGACAAGGUGGUAUCUCAACAAAUGUAAAUACAAAUGGGCGCGAGAGCACAAACACAGAAGUUUUUGAACCAAAAGGUUUUGUUUGAAGAUCCCAGCCGUUACAUCACAGGCUUUCGAAUUUUUUUAUUGAUUUUUUUAAAGGUUUUUCAAAUUUUUUUAAAUCGGGAUUUUUCUCGUUUUUGAAAGCAAAAAAAGAUAAUAAAUAGGCACUAUCCUUCGAAAACUCCAUUAAAAUCUGUCUUAAGCUCCUUCAAAAAACACAACGAGUGUUUUUGACUAGACUAUACAUUUUUUCGUGAGAAUUGGCGCGCUUUUUGUUUGAAAAAGUUUAGAGUGAAGAGACACAGAGAAAAGGAACGUUUUGGUGGCGCCACCCGAGGAUAGCGCGAUUUCAGACGGCUGCUGCAAGUUCGUAAAAGUGGAUCCAGUGGAACAAAUGUCCUUUUGAUCCACUACUGAUCCAUCUGUUAACUCUUAUCAAAAUUUUGAAAAAAGUUUCUCUUAGUUUUUUUUUCGAUUUUUCAUUUUUCUCUUGAAUCAAGCUUCAUCUAGAUUUUUCAAAGACCUUGAAUAUUCUGGAUUUUUGGAAUCGCCGCUUCUGAUCUUGGCUCCUCCUACGAUAUUUCUGUCCACUUGGCAUCCAAAAAGAUGUUCAAUUUUUUUUCUCUUUCAUUCCUAACAAGGAAGGUAAUACAAUUUGGGCCUAUUUCUAAUUUCAAUCAUACUUUCGUGCUGUAAAUUCAGAAAAAGCUUAACAUUAAAGACAUAUUUUUGAGACUAUAGGCAUAAAUUGAAUGACCUCCCUUAUAAGUACCCACUUUUCGAACCGAAAUCACCUUGAAACGUAGUUUUUUGGUUACACUUUUCGAUAUUUACACAACCCUUUGGCUACGUGCCACACUAUUAAAAACGUCCCACGUGGGUCUUGUCUGUGUUUUAUUCGGAACGAAAAAGAAAUACACGCGCCGAAAAGCACCACGUGACUUCUCGUGCCAUUCCCUCACACGUCUUUUUUUUUCUUUUCGAGACUGGUUUCAUCUGGAGCCAGUUGUUGAGGUCGUGUUCUAGAUGCCUUUCUCCAACUUCCACUGUACUUUUUUUUCCUUUAAAAGUUAGGUUUUCUUGUUCGAAAUUCGGUUCGAAAAGUCGGAUUUUUUCUUUCUGUUUUUUUUUCUGUCAGUCUUUAUCAACAUAAGUGUUGAUUUUCAAGUUGUUUCAAAAGUUAUAAACAUUUAUUUAAGUUUAAUUUUUUCGUUCAGUCUACACAACUAUCUUGGAAGUUUUUUCAAAUUCAACUUUUCUGAACGGUUCUAAUCAAAUCUCUUAUCAAAUCCUCUUUCCUUUUUGACAUCGUUGAACUGGCCGAAAAUGUCGUUGAAAGUGCGCUCUAUCGAUACGCUCCUUGUUUUUACGUCGACUACUCAAUUUAUCAGCAGAGGCCAGCCAGUACAAUUGAUACGUGAGAAACAGCGGCGCUAUUUCAACGCGUCCAAUGGAACACAACGUGGCUGAUUUUAUGCUGUAAAGAAUCCCCGACUGGACUUUUUCCCCCAUUGUUAUUGUUGUAUUAUAUUCUGUUACUCUACUUGUACAUUCUUUGUAAAUCACCCCAUUUUUUGACCCGAGGAAUGACCAUAUUCCUAGCCCUUUUGGAGAACUUUGUCGAGUACCUCCGUAAGAUUAUUUGGGUGAGUUUUUGAGCAUACAAAUGGGAUUUUCAGUUGACUUUCUUUAAUUUUUUUGGAAAUAUCAGGCUAAAUGAGCAUUUUCAGGCGGCUCAUGUUUCUUCCAACGCUAUUUUGGCGGCGGCUCAGCCUUUUUAUCCUCCCCCCGUCCAAGACGCUCAGCCGGAUCGGCCUAUUGGUUAUGGCGCAUUCGGUGUUGUUUGGUUUGUUUUUAUAACUUUCAAAUUUGAAAUCAACUUCUUCUAGUCAUUUUAGUGGUCUCAAGGUCAAGGUCAAGCUUUAAAUUCUACAGAAGAAUAAUCAUUUUUUUCCUUCUUUUUUUCUGCCAUUAAUAAAUUUUUUUCACCUUUUUUUGCAAACUUUUUUUGCUUUUUUUCGAGUUGAAACCUGUUUUUUUCCAACAGUAAAACUGCUAGAAAAACCUCAAAAAGUAUUUUUUUAAAUUGCUUCUGAUGGUUUUUAUUUUUUUAAAAAAACUGUAUUUUUAUCGAAGUUAUUUUUUUACUGUUUCAGGUCGGUGACAGAUCCCCGAAGCGGCAAGCGGAUAGCCCUGAAAAAAAGAUGCCCAACGUCUUCCAGAACGUCGCCUCGUGCAAACGCGUCUUCAGAGAAAUCCGCAUGCUCGCCUCCUUCCACCACGAUAACGUUCGUCCACCUUUCUCAGAAAAAUAAAUAACCAUUCUGAAAUUCAUAAUAUACCUCCAAAAAAUGAUUAUUUCUUUUUUCAUCAGCAGCUGAAACUCGAUGUUAACAAGCAAAUUUGCAGGUUCUAUCCCUCCUCGACAUUCUCCAACCUCCAAACCCGCACUUUUUCCAAGAACUGUGAGUUUUUCCUCCAUUUUACGAACAGUACAUGCGAAGCUGAGCGCUUUCCCUAUUAUUUGGCGACGCUUUUUGAUGUCUCUCUCAUAUUUGCUCAGUCUAUAGUCUGGUCAUUCUUGUUUUUCAUCAGCACCUUUCGGGAGAGAAGUCCUCAAGUUUUUUGCGGUUUCGGGGUCGUGAGGACGUUCAAGAGAAGCUAGUUGGAAUUUUUUGAGACUAACAUCAAUAUUGAGUUUCAAAGUAGUACUCGUUCGGGGAACUUCAAAUCAUUAGAAUCUACAAUUGAAAGUGUUUUCAGAAGUUACCCCUUUAUUUUCUCAUAAAGAGACAUUUUGAACGUCAAAAUUGAUUAGCGUGAUCUUUUUCGCCUUGAAAAUAGGUUCGAAAAUCAAAAGUUCUACAGUUUUUACAGUAAACCCUUUUGAGAGAAUUCGGAACAACUUUCCCCGUGUUAUUUAUUGUACAUUACAAAGCAGCGAAGACUGGUUUUUCUGUUCGAUCUUUCGCCAAAGUGUUUCGAUCACCCCAUUUCUUCCAAAUCUCACAAAGAUUCAAUUGGAUGAGAGUGAGAAAUACGAGAUUUGGGACAAGGUUACGAAAGGAGAGUGACAUUUUAUGAAAAUUUCACUUUUUCGUCGAAUUCCAGACUUUCUCUCUUGUUUUCCUGCUCCUGAGGGAUCGUAUAUCUAUUUCCGGAUCUCAUAAUUAAGAAAAGAGUCCUUUGGACAUAGUGAGAGGCCAAGUAAUUCCAUAAAAUGCGUCGAAUGGUUGAUUAUGACCUUAGGUGCAAAGAGGCGGAUGGCACCGACAGCACCUGUCUACUCGUUCCUUUUUCUUUUUUUUUUGGUUUGGGUUUUGAAGGACGGCGGUUGGGAUUUUUGAAGAUUUGAACAGUUGAAUCAGGAUGGUUCGUGUUCGAAAUAUUAAAGCAGCUCUUGAAAUGAACUUUGAAAAUAAACUUAAAAUCAUUAAAAUAACGAGAAAAGGAGAACUGAUCGGAAUAAAUCAUCUUUAAAUCAUGGUUAUAUUUUUGGUUACUGCAGUGUUUGAGCGUAAUAUCAUUUUUUCAAGGUACUCGAAAAUCGAAGAUUUCUUCAAAUUUAUAAUUUUUCAUUUUUCGAAUUAGAACGCAAAAGACAACAAAAAAUAAUUUAACAACAUUUUUCCUAGAAAAAAAAAAAAAAAUCGUUUUUUUUGUUUCUAAUUUUCCAAAUUUUUAGAUAAUCUUGAUGAUUUCUCAAUUUCAAAUUUGGGUAUAGACAAAAAGAGCCUUGAACCGGUGGCCGAGUACCAUGAUGUCUGGGUGGCACGCGCGUUGGAGUUUUUUCGGAGGUGAUGGCCUCGAGUAUUUUUGCGCAGGGCCAGUGACCUCAGACCUCCCUCAAAUAUCAUCUGCUAGGGCGAAUGGCACCUCGGCCUCCUCUCGAAGGAACGCCGUGUCACCCUGGAACACCGAGGCACCGCGACCUGAACCGCCAAAAACAAUAACAAACUAGUGUGUCCUUGUCCUACCGGGGAUUUUUAACUUAAUUAUCGCCCUAAUGAGUUGUUUUCCCGGGAGUUAUUGAACAUCGAAAUCGAUUGAGACAGAAGAAUUAGCCUCACUUUUUCGCGUAUUGGCUCGAAUUCGAGCCUCUUCUGCCCAUUUUGAAGAGUUUUGGGCAGUUUGAAAGGCGCUGUAACGAGUUUGACCAUGGCAUCGUAUAUCAUUGUUUAAAAUGAAGCCGUUAAGUGUAAAGUCUCAGUCUUGGCAUGUGCUUUGAACCAAAUGAUCUGGUGGGAUCUUCAGAGGAAAACUCUUUUCAGAAAAAUUGAUUAGAAGAACAGAAAGUUCAAUAAUGAUAUUCCAGGUACGUGCUGACGGAGUUGAUGCAGAGCGACCUGCACAAAAUUAUCGUUUCGCCGCAGUCGCUGACCAUCGACCACGUCAAGGUCUUCGUCUACCAGAUCCUAAGAGGUUCGAUUUUGUGAUGGAAAGAGUGAUUUCUGAAAGGUUUUUUUUUGGGUAUGAUUCGUUCAAUCGUCCGAUAUCCAUCAUGUGCCAUUCUAAUAUCUAUUCUUUAUGAAAAUCCCUCUCGAAAUAAGAGACUUUUACUGAAAGAAGUAAUUUUCAGGACUGAAGUACCUUCACUCGGCGAACAUCCUCCACCGAGACAUCAAGCCAGGAAAUCUUCUGGUCAACAGCAACUGCAUCUUGAAGAUCUGCGACUUCGGCCUGGCCAGAAUGUGGGAUCCGAGGGAACGGCAGAACAUGACCCACGAGGUCGUCACUCAGUACUAUCGAGCUCCGGAACUUCUCAUGGGCGCUCGACGGUUCGUCUUUUUCUCAUUUAAGGGUUAUCUAGGGAGUGGAGAACAAAAAAAAUCAUAUUCAUUUAUUUUUUUCCAAACAAAGUAUAGAAUCUGAAGUUAAAUGUUACAGGUACACGGCCGCCGUAGAUAUCUGGUCCGUCGGAUGCAUCUUUGCUGAACUUUUGCAAAGAAAAAUCCUGUUCCAAGCCACCGGGCCAAUUGAGCAGGUUUGUGCCUUCCCGAAAAAAACCAAUUUAUAGAGAAAAAAAUUGAAAAAAUUAUCAAAAUUCUCUCAGAAAAGUAAGUUUUUGAACAAUCUGAACUUGAUGUAGAAGAAAGUUUUUAUUGGUUAGAACACUUUUUUUUUUCGCAAUUUUUGACUUCGCCGCUAUUUUGAAUAUUUCGUUUAUGCAUUCCUCAACUAAAAUCGAAAAAAUUUCAUUUUUUAAUUAAAUCCUUUUCAGCUCCAACUUAUCAUUGACCUUCUCGGCACCCCGGCUCCAGAUUCGAUGAAAUACGCCUGCGAAGGAGCUCGAAACCACGUUAUGCGUUCCCCGCCAAGGCCCAACAACUUGAGCAGGUUUUCGGAAUUUUUAAGUUUCCUGAAACAAUUUCCAUUUCAGCCUCUACCGCCUCUCACCUCAUAUCACUGACGAGGCCGUCGAUUUGCUCAUCAAAUUGUUGCAGUUCGACCCGGUAAGAUUUAUGUCUAUUUCACCAGUUUUUACAGUCUUUGAAAUAUCCUUACCAAUCAUUUGUCGAUCGAAAAAGCUUUUAAAUUUUCAAAAUUGUUAAUUUUUCUAUGUCAGCUCCUGAAUAAUAGUUUAUUGACGGAUCAGUGUGAACCCUAAAGAACUCACUUAGGUCUAAACUUUCGAGAAGUUACAACAUCACUUGAUUUUGCGAGGAACAGAUGAGAAAACUCACUGAAUGGUAGAUUGACCGUCAGUUUUAUGAUGACUGGGGUGGUGGAUUGCUCCUCACAAAGAUAGAUAAAUGAGGAGAUUGAUAUCUUUUUGUUCUUGCAGGAUCGCCGAAUCACGGUGAACGAGGCGCUGGACCAUUCCUACCUGAAGGACGGCCGCAUGAGAUUCCACUCCUGCAUGUGCUCCUGCUGCUACACCAAGCCGAACUGCGCCUCGCGGCUUUUCGCUGUUGAUCUGGAUCCCUCGGUGAGCCAGUUCAACUUCACAGAAAGCUAUUAGAAUGUCAUAAGCUUUUGUUUAGAAAUAUUUUUCAUUUUUCCUCCAUAAUUUAUAUCUGAACUAAUAGACGUGGGUGAAAUUGGUUUUAGGCUGUAUUUAUAGCGUCUUAUGAUAACUAACUUUUAAUCUUGUUUGAAAAAAUAAUACUUCAAAGUUUGAAAAAAACCAUUUAUUGGGCUUUUUUUAAAAAUUAUUUUGUUCUCAGAUUAUGGCUUUUUUUGAAAAUUCCUGAUAUGGUAUUUGGAGGUUCCGAAACCUUGAGAAUUGCAUAAUCCCUCAAAACUUUACAGUAAAAAUGUUUCAAACGGGUUAUAGUUUAAACUUGACCUUUUUCUAUUAUGUCAGCGAUACCGAUUCUUUUUUUUCGUUUCAAAUCAAUAAAAUGGCAAAUUUGCAGUUCCAACACGAGCAGCCGUUCGAUCCGAAGUGGGAGAAGGACAUUUCCCGACUUUCCAUGUUCGAACUCCGCGACCGGAUGUUCAAGUUCGUGACAGAGCGACCGCCUCUCUACGGAAUCCCCCUGACGAUCAAUCCGCAGUCUGCCGCCUACAAGAACUUCGCCAGGUUGGUUUUUACUUGAUUAUGAUUUUUAGAUUUCUCUGUACAUCAUCUGAAAGUUUUCAAAAUAUAUUUUUUUUGUAGUUUCCAUACUGGACUUUGAUGUGUUUUUUCUUGACAAUCCUUAACUUUCACCUAUUUUUUCUCUUUUCAGCUCAUCAGUGGCGCAAGCAUCCGAACUGCCGCCCUCGCCCACCGCUUGGAGCUAA